AUGCUGGUCCCUGGAAUUCUAGGGUUUCAGGGCCUCCUACUGCUCCUCGUCCUGGCCUGUUUCCUUGUGAUUCGUCACAAAUGGAAGAAUGCGGUGGUCAAUAAAGAGGAAAUCAUGCGGCUUGUGGCUAUGGCUUCCGAAGAGACUGCCGUCGCUGAGUUUCAGGCCACGUCUCCUUACGCUCCGGUUGUGCAGCCGGUGUCCUUGCCGUACCACUGUGCCGUCUGCUAUGCCAGCACCACAAUGCGCUGCUCUAAAUGCAAGGCUGUCCGAUACUGUUCUGGUAAGUGUCAAAUCAUUCAUUGGAGACAAGGUCACAAAGAUGAAUGUCAGCCUUCAAUUGAUGCCGUGCGGUUCCAAGACAGGAGUGACUUCCAUGGUGAAUCAAUAUCUCAUCACGAUGGAAAAGGAUCACAAGCUAAUUUAACCACAUUCAGUACUGCAUCUUGGGAUGCCAGAGAGAAACUUCUUUCUGAUGGUGUUGCUCCUGAUCAGCUUGAGAAUAUGUCGUCACCCUCAGGAUGCGCUAAGUUGGCAAACAUUCAGGAGGACAUAUCACAUGCAAAUAAGUUAAGUAAAAUGAAAUCCAGUCAUAUUGAUAAAGAGGUUGAAUCUACACCCAAAAUUCCCAAAGCCAAGAAAAACAUAUCUGGUGAUGCUCAGCCUGAAAAUAUUGGCAGUAAGAAGCUGACCAGAAGACCUAUUUCAUCAGAAAAGAAACUUACUGAUGCCUGUAAAUCCAAGAGCUCAUCAAGUAAUGACACGGAAGAUGAGUCUAAAGAAGAAGAAUCUCUGUCACAUAGUGUUUCUAUUGAUCGGCCAUCUUCAACCACUGGAGAGCAUAUGUAUUCCAGUUCUAGAUAUGAAAAGAUUGAAGCUUAUCAUGCAUUGCCUGCAAAUGAAAAAGUUGGUAGUAUCCCAAACUUGCCACAAAAUGCCCGUAAUGGAUUGAAAACUUCUGUGAGGAAAGUUGUGCAGCAGUUUAAAUCCUCAAAACAGCUGAAAUCUGACCUCUCAGGUCGUGGAGAAGAGAUUGUUGGAAAAUACAAGGUAAUUUUUCCGUAUGAACUGUUCGUGAAACUGUACUCCUACGACAAUGUGGAUCUUUGUCCAUUUGGCCUUAUGAAUUGUGGGAACAGCUGUUAUGCUAAUGCGGUGCUCCAGUGUUUAGCAUUUACUCGGCCUCUUGCUUCUUAUCUUCUUCAAGGGCUCCAUUCUAGAGCAUGUCAAAAGCAUGACUGGUGUUUUAUCUGUGAGUUUGAAAUUCUUCUUAUGAAGGCAAGGGAAGGGAAGUCUUUACUGUCCCCGAUCAGGAUACUAUCUAAAAUACAUAAAAUUGGAAGUCAUCUUGGCCAUGGAAGAGAAGAAGAUGCUCAUGAAUUUUUGAGGUAUGCUGUUGAUACCAUGCAAUCUGUUUGUCUCAAGGAAGCCGGGGCUGUUGGUCCUUUGGCAGAAGAAACAACCCUAGUAGGCAUGACUUUUGGAGGCUACCUUCGAUCUAAGAUAACAUGUAUGAAGUGCCUUGGAAAAUCUGAGCGAUUUGAGCAGAUGAUGGAUCUUACUGUCGAAAUUGACGGGGAAAUUGGAACUCUUGAAGAGGCUCUUGCACAAUUUACGGCUACUGAAACUUUGGAUGGAAAAAAUAGGUACCAUUGUAGCAGGUGUAAAUCUUAUGAGAAAGCCAAAAAGAAAUUAACAGUUAUGGAGGCACCAAAUAUCCUUACAAUUGUGUUGAAGCGGUUUCAGUCCCGUAACUUUGAGAAGCUGAAUAAGUCGGUACGGUUCCCAGAGGUUCUCAACAUGUCACCGUAUAUGGGUGGAACAAGUGAUAGAUCUGUUUUGUACAGUCUUUAUGCUGUGGUUGUUCACUUGGAUAUUAUGAAUGCUGCAUAUUCAGGCCAUUACGUCUGUUAUGUAAAGAAUAAUCAAGGGGAGUGGUUCAAGAUUGAUGACAGUUCAGUUGAACCUGUGGAUUUAAAGAGGGUGUUAUCCCAAGGGGCAUACAUGCUUCUUUAUGCAAGGCGCACCCCACGGCCCCCGGCCUUUCUUGGAAGUACUGCCGUUUCCAAUGGGGAGAAAUUGAAGAGAAGGAACUUGGAAGCUGUUCCUUCCAGCCAUACCAAAUCCAAAUCGAGAUCUAAUUCCGUGGUUCCAAGUCUCAUCAGCAAUCAAUCACUAAAUCAAGAUCCAGAUGAUUGGAGAUUCCAUCCAACGCACAGAUAUCCUGCUUUGGAUUCAUCAAGUGAGAGUUCAUCCAUUUUCAGCUCAUCAGAUGCAAGUUCUUGUAGCACCGCGAGCACCAAGGACUCUUCCAGCAACGAAGAUUUCUCCGAUUACAUAUUUGGCGAAACGGGACCCGACUGGUACAGCCAGUAUAGCAGGCAUUCAUCAGCGGCAAUGACCGGCUUGUACGGAGAAAGAACCUCAACAGUUUUGUGUAGCGACAGAAGUAGACAUCGUAGAAAGUCAACCUCGGAUUAG